AUGUCUGAUGCCACUUCAAAAUCCAAACAAAAAUCAAUUCAAUUUAAAACUUGUAACGACACGCCUAGAAAGCUUUUAUCGAUUCCUCCAUCUCCAUUUUUAGAAAAGUUGGGUUAUGGUACAGGAGUUAACGUUUGGAAGUUAAGUCAUUCUCCUAACAGUGUCAAAUCUCCAUGGGCCAUUAAAAAUGUUAGAAAAUGUGUAAAUAAAGAAUUAUCUGAUAAAUAUCAAUCACUUCUUACUAAGGAAGCAAAUAUAUUAAGAUCAUUGGAUCAUGAAAACAUAAUUGGUUUUAGAGGAUAUUUAAAAUCAGAAGAUGGAAGAAAUUGUUUAGCCAUGGAAGUCGGUGGAGAGAGUUUAGGAGAUUUAUUAGAAAAAAGAUUUGAAAAUGAUUUGGGUCCAUUUCCACCUGACAUAAUUAUUAAAGUUGCUUACAGCAUAGCGAAAGCAUUAAAUUAUUUACAUAAUGAAAAAAAUAUACUUCAUGGUGACAUAAAACCAUAUAAUGUGGUUAUUAAAAAUAAUUUUGAAGAUAUUAAACUCUGCGAUUUUGGAGUUUCCAUUAAAUUAAAUGAUGAAAAUAUAACAGAAAAAUAUGUUGGUACUCCCAUAUACAGUGCACCCGAAUGCAUCAAAGGUGAUAAAAAAACGAUAACAGAGAAAUCGGAUAUAUUUUCAUUCGGUUUGAUUUUAUGGGAAAUGAUUGCAUUAUUUCCACCACACACAGAAGAUCUCAUUAAUAAAAAUGAAUCUGCUCUUAAUUCUGAUGAUUCUUUAUACACACAUGUAAGCGAUAGCGAAAUUGAAGAAAAUUAUGGUACUCGUCCUUUAUUGCCACCUUGUGAACUAGGAUCAGAGUAUAAAUAUGUUUUGGAAUUAUUUUAUGCAUGUACAGAACAAGAUCCCGAUAAGAGACCUUCUGCAUCAUCCAUAAUUGAUUACAUAAAUAUGAUAAACAAAACUAAUACAUAA